CAAAGAAACAUGUUCGCCGUUCCAGGGUGGUCGGUAUCAUCCGACGCUCUCAAGGCUGAAAAGGCCACGGCCGGAGCUGGCCCUUCAGGCGCAAAGACCAGGAAGCGAAAGAGGACAACAAAGGAGGAGCCUGUGACAGCCGCCAACGUCGCCGAUCUGUAUGAGACCGUCGUUGAGGGGAAGAAGAAGCCCAGCGCAGAGAAGCCCUCCCAAGACUCAAAACGCCAAAAGAAGGGACCCGAUGAGAAGAAGACGGAUGGUGGAUUGAAGCCACAAGGAAGCGAGAAGAAGAGCAAAAAGGACAAGAAGAAGGAGAAGAAGGAGAAGAAGGACAGAGAAAAUCCCAAUCUUCAGCCUGUGGCCAAGAAGAACAAGAAGGAGAGCCAAUCCAACUCUCAAGACGAUGGCGCCACAGUCGAAUCCUCCGAGUCCAAAUCAGACGCCACCGCCGCUGCCAAACCUCAACAAGCCGCAAUUCUCCCUCCUGCGCCGCCCAAGUUGACUCCCUUACAAGCCUCCAUGAGGGAGAAGCUCAUCUCCGCACGAUUCCGCCACCUAAACGAAACUCUCUACACCGCGCCCUCCGAGGAGUCCUUCAAGCUCUUCCAAGAAUCCCCCGAAAUGUUCGACGAGUACCACGAGGGCUUCCGGCGCCAAGUCAAGGUGUGGCCCGAAAACCCCGUCGACAGCUUCCUCAAAGACAUUCGCACGCGAGCCAAGAUCCGACAGCCCCACGGCAAGGGCAGGCCCAACGCCCCGCAGGUCAAGCUCAUCGACAGCCAUCUGCCCAGGACCGCGUCGACAUGCACCAUCGCCGACCUGGGCUGCGGUGACGCCCGUCUCGCAGAGUCUCUCCAGGCCGACAAGGACAAGCUCCACCUCGACGUCCGGAGCUUCGACCUCCAGAGCCCCAGCCCGCUCGUCACAAAGGCCGACAUUGCAAACGUCCCCAUGGAGGACGGCUCCGUCAACGUGGCCAUCUUCUGCCUCGCCCUCAUGGGCACCAACUGGCUCGACUUUGUCGACGAGGCCUACCGCCUGCUGCACUGGAAGGGCGAGCUCUGGGUCGCCGAGAUCAAGAGCCGCUUCGGCCCCGUGCGCAACAAGCACGCCCCCGUCACCCACAGCGUCGGCAACCGCCGCAAGCUGCCCACCAAGAAGGAGGUCCAGGCCAAGGAGGCCCACGCCGCGGGUCUGUUUGAGAAGGACCUCGCCGUCGAGGUGGACGGCCAGGACGACCAGCGCCGCGAGACGGACGUGUCGGCCUUUGUCGAGGCGCUGAGGAAGAGGGGCUUCGUCCUGCAGGGUGAUGGGCGCGAGGGCGUGGACUUGUCCAACAGAAUGUUUGUCACCAUGCGCUUCAUCAAGGCGACUGCUCCUACAAAGGGUAAAAACAUGAAACCAGACGAUGCUGCUCCCAAGAAGAAGAAGAUGUUUGGUCGCGUGCAGGAUGAGGAUGCAGACGACAAGAACGGAGAAAAUGAGGGGGGCAUUCUCAAGCCUUGUGUUUACAAGAUUCGAUGA